AUGAAUUGAAUCGUCAUCACUAAAUGACAAGCAAACGAGAUGUUUUCAUGUGAUCUAUGUUUGGAUCACAAUUACUCUUCGGGUUGCAUUACCAACCUUUGUAAUGGGGGAGAUCAGAAUGGAGUCUACCGUCCUCAGUGUGAGCAAACUUUCACGUCGAGACCAGUUUUCGCUGAACUUGGGGAAGAAAUGAGAAAGAAGAGACCUACGAUCCAGUCUGAUGCUACCGACCAUGGAGAUGAUGUGGUUGUGGUGUGUGAUAUUUGCUCUGUGAAAAAACUCAAGGCGCUGAAGUCCUGUCUGGAUUGCGUGCUGUCAUAUUGUGAAACUCAUUUUAAAGUUCACAAUGAGCUUCACCCGCGCAGAGGUCACACAGUAAUCGACGCCACUGGUCAGCUACAGGAAAGGAUUUGCCCUCGUCAUGACAGGGUUCUUGAAAUCUUUUGUCGCACUGAUCUGAGUUGCAUCUGUUAUUUGUGCACAAUAGACCAACACAAACGCCAUGACACCAUCGCAGCUAUAACAGCGUGGAGUAAUGAAAAGGCAAGGUUGGGGCAUAUCCAGACGAGAUGCCAUCAGACAAUCCAGAAGAGAGAGAAGGAGGUUCAGGAGCUGAGGAGAGCAGUUGAUACUCUGAAGAGCUCAGCACAGUCUGCAGUGGAACACAGUGACAAGAUGUUUGAUGACAUCAUUCGCUCUGUUGAGAGAAGGUGCUCUGAGGUGACAGAGAUGAUCAGAGCUAAGGAGAAGGCUGAGGUGAGUCGGGCUGAAGGACUUCUGCAACAAGUGGAGCAGGAGAUCUCUGAGCUGAAGAAGAGAGUUGCUGAGAUGGAGCAGCUUUCACACACACAGGACCACAUCCAUUUCCUCAAGAAUGUAGGUUCUAUCGCUUGGAUUCCUGAAAGUAACAUUCCAACCAGCCUGAACGUCAACUCCAACCUCUCCUUUGAGCCGGUGAAAACAUCCGUCUCUGCACUGAAGGCGCAGCUGCAGGAGAAAUUGGAUUCAAUCUUCAAACAGGAAGCAGCCAAAAUAUCUGCAGCAGUGUCUGCAGUAAAGGGAGUUGCUGAACCUGUGACCAGAGAGGACUUCUUGCAGUAUUACGGUCACUUCACACUGGAUCCAAACACUGCCAGCAGAAGUGUCCAUCUGUCUGAGGGGAACAGGAGGGUGGAGAGGAGAGAUGAGGCCCCCCAGUCAUAUCCAGACCAUCCAGAGAGAUUUGAUGAUGCCUUGUGGCAGGUGCUGUGUAGAGAGGGGGUGUCUGGACGCUGCUACUGGGAAGUGGAGUGGAGUGGCCGCUCGUCGGCUAGUAUAGCCGUGGCAUAUAAAACCAUCAGCAGGAAAGGAGUCCUACAUCACUGCAGCUUUGGACGCACUGAUGAGUCCUGGAAGCUCGAAGUACACACCAGAGGGGUAUCCUUCACCCACGAUAAUGUAACAACUAUAUACCCGCUAGUGACCUGCUCCAGAGUAGGAGUGUAUGUGGACCACAGGGCAGGCACUCUGGCCUUCUACAGCAUCUCUGACACCAUGAUGACACUCCUGCAUGACGUCCAGACCACAUUCUCUGACAAACUCUACCCGGGGUUUACCGUAGGACACAGAUCAUCAGUGAAGCUCUUGUGAAUCACACGCAUGUGUGUUGUUAUACGCAUAUGACGUCACAUCUCAUCACCACACGUUAGGGCUGGCCGACAUGGCACAAUGAUACUUUGGAUGAUGAGAAAUAUUUCCUUUGUUGACCAAUUUUGUUUGAUGUUGUUUU